AUGACCAAGUGGCGGAUAACACUCUCAAACAUACCCCAAACGGUAAAGUUCCUAGCCUUAUUAAAUGUAUUUACAUCCGCCCUCGGAGGAAUAAUACGCGUGCAUCGAUGGUCAUCAGAUUCCGAAUACCCUGAAUCCGACCCUUAUCUAAAUGGUAUAGCAAUAAUUCCUGGUACUGCUAUAUGGAAUUUCUGGACUUUUGUCACGGCUGGAUUUUUAGAGACGAGUUUGACUAGUUUUGUAGCGAGUACAACAACAAUGCUUGCGGCUGGAAAAUACUUUGGACGUGUUUGGGGCUCAAAAGAAUUUUUGAAAUUCGUUGCUAUUGUGAUCAUUGGCGCUAAUAUGGCGAGUUCCUUCACUUACCUUGUUGAAUAUUAUAUAACCGGAGACAUUGCUUAUCUAUAUGCAACUCAAAUAAAUGGCCAGAUUGGCCUAAUCCAGGGAUUUCUUGUUUCUUAUAAACAACUCAUUCCCGAACAUUUAUUCAAAGUAUUUUCAGGAAGCGUAGCAAUUCGAGUAAAGGUUCAAGAUGGUAUACGCGGUGAUCGGAGUGAGACUUUCUCUUUGGCAAGCUUCUUCCCCGAGAUGCUUCAACCACCAGUGAAGGUCGUAUCUUCGAUAAUAUUUAACUUUCUGGUAAUGUUGAGAUGUUGUAAACCAAUACAAAGGAAGAGACUUGGUCACGACCUUGGAGGUUAUAAUCCAAGAUUAGCGCCAGCUAUGCCUGGCAGUGCACGAGCGGAGGCUGAAAGACGAAGAGCUCUAGCACUAAAGGCUCUCGACAAGCGAUUACAGGCAACAUCGAACAAAUUACCUCGCACCAGUCGUUUUGAUUCUUCUUCAAACCUGCCGUCCUCUCCUCCUCCACCUCCCUUAUCGGUAAAUACCCCGUCGACUGCAUCGGCACCUAGACCGGGUGAAGUCUCAAAUCCGGUGUUGUUUGAUACCAAUCAAAAUGAUGGCAGCAAGAAUGCUAUUGGGAAUGCUGGAAGUAACGGAAAAUAG